AUGUCGAAGCGAGACGUCGUCCUCACCAAUGUCACUGUUCUCCAGUUGCUGCGACCGCCGUGCCCGGGGAGAAAAGAGCCCACACCAGUCAGGGAGGAAAUAAAGCCAUCGCCGCCGCCUCCUCGCCCUGCUACUCCUCCUCCUAAGAUGGGGCCUGUGCCCCGGGAGCUGACUGUGGGCAUCAACGGAUUUGGACGCAUCGGUCGCCUGGUCCUGCGCGCCUGCAUGGAGAAGGGUGUUAAGGUGGUGGCUGUGAAUGAUCCAUUCAUUGACCCAGAAUACAUGGUGUACAUGUUUAAGUAUGACUCCACCCACGGCCGAUACAAGGGAAGUGUGGAAUUCAGGAAUGGACAGCUGGUCGUGGACAACCAUGAGAUCUCUGUCUACCAGUGCAAGGAGCCCAAACAGAUCCCCUGGAGGGAUGUCGGGAGCCCCUACGUGGUGGAGUCCACAGGCGUGUACCUCUCCAUAGAGGCAGCUUCGGACCACAUCUCAGCAGGUGCUGAACGUGUGGUCAUCUCCGCGCCCUCGCCGGACGCACCAACGUUCGUCAUGGGUGUGAAUGAAAACGACUAUAACCCUGGCUCCAUGAACAUUGUGAGCAAUGCGUCCUGCACUACCAACUGCUUGGCCCCCCUCGCCAAGGUCAUCCAUGAGCAAUUUGGGAUCGUGGAAGGGUUGAUGACCACAGUCCAUUCCUACACGGCCACCCAGAAGACAGUGGAUGGGCCAUCAAGGAAGGCCUGGAGAGAUGGGCGGGGUGCCCACCAGAACAUCAUCCCAGCCUCCACUGGGGCUGCGAAAGCCGUGACCAAAGUCAUCCCAGAGCUCAAAGGGAAGCUGACAGGGAUGGCAUUCCGGGUACCAACCCCGGAUGUGUCUGUUGUGGACCUGACCUGCCGUCUCGCCCAGCCUGCUCCCUACUCAGCCAUCAAGGAGGCUAUAAAAGCAGCAGCCAAGGGGCCCAUGGCUGGCAUCCUUGCCUAUACCGAGGAUGAGGUCGUCUCUACGGACUUCGUCAGUGAUAGCCACUCGUCCAUUUUCGACGCUAAGGCCGGCAUUGCGCUCAAUGACAAUUUCGUGAAGCUCAUUGCAUGGUACGACAAUGAAUAUGGCUACAGUCACCGGGUGGUCGACCUCCUCCGCUACAUGUUCAGCCGAGACAAAUGAAACGGAAAGGUCCCUUCUUUCCUUCCCAGGGGCCAGGGCCGGAACAUGUGCCUCCCGUUCCUGCAUCUGGCUGCCCGGGGGAAGAAGGGCACCCGGGGCGGACGCCCCACGCCGCUGGGUCCAUGGUGAAAUAAAAAACAGUGCUCACAGCUGCGUCCCGUAUUUCUGCGCCGGUCACGGCGGGUUCUGAUCCGGGUUUGAGGCCCGCCCCACCCUUACUCGAUCGUCUGCGCCCACGGGCGAGGGGUCGCGCUUGACGCCAAGCCGGGUUCCACUUCGGGAGACAGAGACAGCGAUGGCAGCGAGAGAGGCCCCGCAUGGCCGGAAGUCACUCCCCACAGCGCUGGGCCGGGAGCGCUGGCAACCAGGCCCGGCUACGGG